GGACUUGUGCCUUUUUUACUUGUGAACAAAAAACCUAGAGGUGAAGUGUUCUUCACAGAGUGAAAGUCACGACAACACACGGCGCUACGUAGCACCAGGUUCAGUAUGGUCCACAGUUAAAAGGAACAUCUAAUUACAAUACCAGAACGGAUUACUACUCAGAUAGAUACGAAGGCGCCCACAGUGAUCGUUUAUCAAUCGAUGUACACCAAAUGCAUCGUAUAUUCAUCGAUUUUCAUAAAAUGUGUGGAUUUUUGAACUUAUCUAAUAUCGAAUAUUAAGUUGGUGUUUCCGGCUUGCUAAAUCAAAAGAAAGGUUGAAUUGAGGAAAGCAAGGUCAACGAUAUUCUUAAGUGAAAACCUUAUGGCUUAAAAGGGAACCGUACUGCACGUUCCUUUGUGUCUGCUUAAAUAAGCAUCACUGUUCUUCCUUUCUUUCUUUCUUUCUUUCUUUCUUUCUUUCUUUCUUUCUUUCUUUCUUUCUUUCUUUCUUUCUUUUGUUUUCUUUUUGUUUGGCCGUUUUAAACAGACAGGUGCAGCGUAUACACCACAGGCGGGCGGUAGCAUUUGCAAAAUGUUGAAGUGCUGCAACUUGCGUCGAUGUCCCUAAUUUCGACUUUGAAACGUCAUUCUUAAUUAUCGAUGAUUAUAAAACAAAAGUGACCUUGCGUUUACCUCAAUCGAAUAGACAACUUCCUCGCGCAGUUGUCGUUUUUUUUUUUUUCGCCGAUAAGCCGUAAUUUUUUUGCCGUUCCCGUCGCGUUUCACCGGCUCCACGUUGGAGGUCAGCUAUAGGAGCUUGUACAGCUACGGUGCUGAAAGCUGACUGCGUGGUCCAGCAACGCAGCCCACGUGGAACCCUAAAAGCGGCCCCGCAGUACUUCCAACGAAGGCUGUGAGAGCACGCUUAUUCAGCUUCGCCGUCUUUUACGUAUCAGUUGACCCUAUUGGCAUACAUUUCAGAAGGUUUUCUUUUAACGCACUUGCGUUGUUUCGUACAGGAGGUGACGUCAGCGGGGCGGUGCCAUCGGGGCAGCAGCUAUGGAGCCUCGUGGCAGCAUCUCAGCGCCAAAUGGUGGCCACCAAAUGGCAGGCACCACUACUACGCACCACCAUUCCCAAGGCGGUUGCUGCGAUGCCACUUCUUUCUACUUAGGCGCCACCCUGUUUCUCAGCCUUGGAUCAGCGCUUUGCCUGCUGCUAGCGUUCCUCAGCGACCACUGGGAGCUGGUGCUGUACGACGGGGAGCACGUGGCCUCGCUUGCCCGCCAGAGAGGCAUGGCGCUGACGCGCUCGCGAAACGUGCUCCGCCUGGCGGAUGGCGGCGGCGUCGGUGGAGUGCAGCAGCCGUCGCCGCUGCAGCGAGAAUCGGCGCUCUUCCUGGUCAACCUCAACGGCGGGGUGCACCGCAUCUGCGCAACGCUCGACGGGGACGACCUGGCCUUUCUAGGCAAUGAAGCCAAAGGCGCCCCUGGCGGCUGCAUCUCCUACUACUCGUCCUCGGAUGAGGAGCGCAUCUCGACUCUCGUCGUUCGCUCGCCCUGGCUUGACAAAAUGAAGAACCUGGCCAUGUCGUGCUCCCUGGUCAGUUUGAUCCUGGUCGGUGCGAGCGCUCUGGUCGGUGGCUUCGGCAUCUGCAAGCGCCAGCUGUCCGCCGUCAUGGUCACGGGAGUGAUGUUCAUUCUCGCUGCGGUGUUCGCCACCUUCACGAGCUGCUUCAUGCACUUCAAGCGCACCGUGCCCCAGGGCGUGCUGACGGGCACCGACUUCGACCAGUCCCUGCCUUCGGAGUUCCUGCGCUGUCGCCGCUUCGCUCGUGACUGGGCCGCCUCGCUGUCCUGGCUGGGAAUCGCCCUGUGCCUGUUCACCAGCGUCUUCUGGCUCAUACUGGCCAGGAUCAUGCGCUUCUGAAGGAGGCACCGACGGCCCAGCAUCUUGCUCACGUGGUCCCUCUCGGCCGUCCGCUUUCUUCUUUCGCUAGGACCAAGUCGUCGUGGACCCGAAACGAUUCCGCGCCUGUGGUGAACGGAGAACGCGUCGAGCUCUCGGAGAGUAAUUGAGUCGCGCAGUGAACUCCCGGGCCGUAUUGCCAACCGAAUACUUUCGCCAUCCGUUCAUUGGCUGAAUGAUAAGGAGCCCACGUGACAACAUUAACUAGUGAACGGGUACACUUGUAGGAGGCAUUGUUGCGGACGAUCGUUUUGAAUAUGAAAGCGAAUUAUUGUCAUCCACAUGGCAGUAGCACCAAUCCACGAAGGAAAACUACACUGGUGUCCCAGAUAGAAAGCUUCGCAGUUGAAGGAGAUAACUUCGUGGUCAAUGGCUAGAACUCGGGAUCAACGCCUUUUCUGAGUGGUCUGUCAUCUCUACCAUUUGAGCUAACCUGGAGCCUUCUGAUUAGCUAAGAUGGUAGAUAUUUGAUUCUGAAAAAGUCGUAUGGGUUUGCUUUGUUUCUUCUUGGAGCUACAGUCCUGUGAAUGUCAAUUAAGUUUCCCUUUCGUUAACCUUGCUCCAUCUUGAGGGCCUCCGCAGAACUGAUUUGCUACAUUCAGCGCAAUUACUUGCGACACACCUCGAGAGCCUUGCAAACAUGCCUGCUCAGCGAUGGUGACUACGCAUGAAAGCUGGUUUCCUAGCAACAAAAAGUCUUAUGUGGAGAAGCCCAUCUCAUGUCGUCUCCUGCGUUUUAAAUGUGGCGUUCUGUGUAUUAAGUGUGUGUUGGGAGUGUGUGUACGCAUAACCGGUAGUGUUACCGUAGUAUGGUAAGCGCCGUUUUGAUAAGCAAAUGUAUACUAAUUAGAGCACGUCAGGAGGAAUUGAGCUGAGCUCCGUAAUUAGAUGAACAAUAAUACAAUUCGGUAACUGCUAAAUACCAGCUGCCCUGCUCCCGUGCCUUGGUUAGUUAAUCACGUGUUUAUCAAAGGAACAUUUAAUAAUACAUCAUGCCGAAUCGAGUAGGUUCGUGAUAAUUUUAGUCAGACUUCUCUAGUCAUGCAAGUCCCCAAGCCCCGUUUCAAUCUCUGGCUAUAUUGAAGGUCAACGUGUAGUGGUUAAUGGAUUAUGCUACAACUAUUCAGGCGGCAAUAUGAAACUUCUUACCGUGCGUCAUUGUUUAGCGCCUGCUAAAAAGGAACCAAAACACAAAUCCUGUUUUAAAACUCGUAAUGAUUAAAAUGCGGUUUAUUUUGUAUUGCAUACUGUUCGUUUUUAGAACUCUUUCUUUUUUUUUUGCAUUUGUGCUCGGCUCAGCUUUAGUUAGUUUUCUUGUCUCCAUGCGACGGGAAUGUCGGCCGAUGGUUACACUUUUGGUUAAUCAGCUUUCCCAGGUUCGGAAACCUAGAGCUUGGGGGUAUUUUUGCAAUUAGUAUCAGGUUUGAGUGUCUAGUAGCGACUUGGCGACAAGUUGCUCUUUAAAAUUUUUUUUUUACUGACGCUCAUUGCAAAGGGACGAGCAGGCACAAAAUUUAAGUCUAACAGCAACCUUACGAAGGUGUACUGUAAGGACGAAAAGGUUGAAGGACCUCCUAGCGCUGAUGUGUUCGCUCCGUAACGUUAGAUCUUAAACUGUGCACAAAACAUCCUAAUCUCGGGUGUGCUCAAACGGGUUGACUGGUUCAUGAAGAAGCGAGUACUGAAAGGGGACUCUACUGGAUGCUCAAAUUAUUGCACUAUCCUUCUAUAUCUAGUAAAAAAUCAUUGCUCUGCAACUUAUCACACCGUCAAAGCCAACUCACCCAAGCGACUCUUCUUUGCGCAGCAGUGAGUAACACUGUGGAAACUUGGAAACGGCGAUAGCGGUAAAUUAUAGCGCACAUGAAAAGACAGCCUGUGCUAUAUACACUGCAGAUUACGUCGUAACGCUAGCGAUUGCCCGUUGCUGUAGUGAAACCGCGUGUUGGACAUUAUACGUCAUGCGAAAGUGAAGCUGCCGCUCAAGGUUUGAGAGACAGAAACAAGAGGAAAGGCAGAGAGAUUAACCAUAAUGAAAAAAAAAACGGUUUGCUACCCUACGCUGGGCAACGGUGAAAGGGGAGGUUGAAAAAUAAGAAAGUAGAGAAACAGCGAGACAGGCGGGAAGCACAGAUACACGAUCACGGUCAGUCACGAUCAGCGCACACUAUCACAGCACAGGAUCAAGUGCUGCACAACGAACGUCAAUUCAACCUACAGCUGCCUGUGCAGGCAUGUUGUCCAUAAAAACAGUAGCGGUGUCUUGGGUAUAUAGCUCGCUUUGAUCACAGAAAACCAUUUUGUAAUGCCGACCUCACUGCUGAAAGUGACUCAUGCAGAAUAUGGCCCCAAGACGCCUAUCACGUCACGUGUGGUAUGCGACGAAGUCAUUGAAGUCUUUUGACCGUGAACUCACAGAUGCCGUUUGACUGUGAGGCUCAAUGAAGUAGUUUGACUGUGGACACCAUGAAUAUGGCAUGCCUUCUCGAAAGAACAUUAUGAUGCACAAGACUCCUGUACACUGCGCGAUGGUAAAGACAGAACAACGCGAAACGCACACGUCCUUCUUUCGAACAUGGUGUCACUCUGUUUAGGUCCGACAGCGGUCGGUGCUAAAUGCUAAACAAAACGGCCACGUUGGAAACAGAGAAAACAGCACGCAAGACAAGUACAACAGAGUGGACAACAAACAGAACACUGCGUUUGUGGUCCACUGUUUCGUAUUAAUUUUUCGCGCUGUUUCUCUCUUUUUUUUCUGUAUGUGUUUCAAUGAAUUGCCAAUUUGUCAGAAAUGCAAUACUUGCAGACUCACUUUUACUAAGGGUUACCUUCUUAUAUUCGGCUAAACCAGGCCAUAAUAGUGUUCUUUUAAAGCUUUCAUCUGUAUAGUGCGCAUAGGAAUUACGCAACGUACAAUUUUGCUCGAAACAAUCUCGGCGUGUACAAUACAUCGCAUUUGAAUGCAUCCGUCCUGUACGCAAUGCAUCGACGGCACCACGUUACGGCAAUGGUAACUUAACCUACAGAGUAGUUCGCGAUGCGCGGUGUUGUGAUUUUUGUUUUACAUAUAUAUGUAUGGGUUAGGAACACGGAACCUAUUCGUAAACGUUUAGCUCAGCCACAACUGCGGUUUAUUAUAAUUAGGUUUUUCUUAAUGAGAACGUCGUACGAGAUAUGAUGAAGGACACCUUUGUCGACUUACGUGUUUUCACGAAGGCUUUUGCGUCUGCUCAAGGAGUCACAUCUUCGUCUGUGUAUAGCGUAGUUAGUUCUAUCACUUUGAAAGUCCACUGUGUAGAGAUAAAAAGUCGCGACCCUUGUGAAUACACAACAGCUUACAUACAACUUGAGAGCAACUCACGCGGACUCAUCGCAGGGCAGCUGACAACAAUUGAUCAUCAUCAUGAUCAGCCUGGUUCCGCCCACUACAGGACAAAGGCCUCUCCCAUACUUCUCCAACUGCCCCGGUCAUGUACUGAAAACUAUUAAGUCAGCUAAAUAAAUAAAACGAAUGUCAGGAGCUUUUCAAAGCCAAUAACCAGAACAUGUUUUUUUUCGCUCCUGUUUAAUAAUCUCGCAAUUCACAUCUGCCUUUCUCACUCGCCAAGGUGAUAGGCCCAUGGCCAUCGCAUGGGCGUCACAAAGCAGCGAAAGCACUUGAGCUUUUCCUUGAAGAUGCUGGCAUUUGUGACCAAUAUUGACUCUACUGCGUCGUGUGCAACUCUGUCUCAUUCGUUUAUCUGAGACACCUAUCUACCACAUACAUAUGUGAACUUUGUUUCAGCGAAAACUUUCUGAGAGAGACUUUUACUCUUACUGUGCUACAUGUUCUUCUGUUUAAGUAUUACAUAUAGCUAGAAUAUAUAUACCUUUCUUAUUUUUAACCUACAUUAUUAACCAAGUGAACAGGGACAGCGGCCGCCAAAAAACGGUGGCAACUCAUCUGUUUAGUUUUAGCUAAAUGAAAAAGAAAAGGCUCGGUGCUCAAUUUAGAAUUUUUGCCCAAGCGACCAUCAUACGAUCGCACUGGUACGACUUUAUUCUUGCAAACUACAUUUAUAAUAAUGACGAAUAGGAGCGGUGGAGAGAAUUACAGCCUUCAAAGCGUUUCAAUGUUAGCACAAGUGAUCCUACUAGUCCCGAAAACAUCGUUAGUGUAGGACCUGUGAUGUAGCACAACAAUGUUGGUGAAAACCAUUCCCCGUGUGACGCACUUUUUCAAUUUGUCAGUUGAUGCAGACACCGGCAGCGGCGGCUCAGUGGUGAGGGUGUUCUGCGAGUGGCCAUGAGGCCGCGGGUUCAAUUCCCCCGACCCCUGGCGGCCACCAUUGAAUAAGCGCAAAAUGCAAAAAAAAGAACAAGAACACUUGCAUACUUGUGUUUAAGUGCAUGUUAAAACAACCUCAGGUGAUCAAAAUUAUUGCGGAGCCCUCCACACUAUAGUGUCUCUCAUAGAUUAAGUGCUGCCAUGGGACUUAUCAAUCAAUCAAUCAAUCAAUCAAUCAAUGGGUGGAUGCCUAUUUGCGCAGGCUGCCUUUUAUAUUUAUUUAUUUAUUUGUUUGUUUAUUUGUACAUACUGCAGCCCGAUCGGGCUAUUGCAGGAGUGGGUGCGAAAGGCAGAGCAAUGAAAAUAAUAAAUAAUACAGGCAAUACAAACAAUACAAACCAAAACAAACCAAAACUAUUCAAUGGCUGCCAAUAAUAUGUUUAAAGGAAGAGAACGAGUAAAACCAGGCAAGGAAUUCCAGUAUUCGAUUAUACAGGGAAAUAAACUGUAUUUGAAAGUGUCCGUACGGGCAAAAUAAGGGGCGAUGUUUAGGUGAUGGCGACUUCUAGCGUUAGAUGGUUAGAUUAGGUAGUUAUGUGAAGAUAUACGGCAAGAAUAGUUAAUAAUGCAAUGCAAUAACUUGAGUGAUUCCGUGCGUCGGCGAUCCGAGAGCGGUUGUAAGCCUAGGGAUGUGUCGUAAGGAACAAAAUUUGAACGCUUCAAGUAUGGGAUGGAAGGACCUACUGACAAGCUUUCGUAGACAACUUGGACGACAAAGCGAGCGGAUCCCAUUCCAUGCAUACGCAAACAGUUCUUGAAUGCACUACUGCACCCAUGCAUCGUUAAGAUUUGAAAGCGUACUUCUUUUGUUCCUGAUUACAUGUUCAACACACUUCACCUUUCAGAUUAUAGGCCGGUAUUCUGUACAAAGUGAACCCUGUUGUAACACCUAAAGUGGUACUUGAGAAAAAUCUGGCCUCUGUUUUCUCGACUGAUAAACACAUUCUGUUCGAGAAUUCGUACAUUGCAUCUUUCAAAGUAGGGGCGUAAAGGAACUGCAGCGAAUAGCACAAUUCACUACCGCGCCUUUAGUGUGGUUUGCGACGAAACAAAAGCCCCCCACAAAAAAACCUCAGACUUCACGACUGUGGUAUGCCUGCCUAAUUAGCGUCAAUUAAUUUGCUUUAAUUAUGGUGCCAUCAAGCUGGCUUAGGCAACUAACGAACUUGCCACGCAAGGCUUUUGGUGUGCACACUAAUGAACGUGAUGAGCAGCGGAGUGUUCCGUUAGUGUGUGGCGCUUUCCGCACUGCAAAAAUGGUAAUAAUGUUCCAUGACAGUCGUUAAAAGAGGCGAUUUAUUCGUGUCUCUGUUCAUUGGCUUCUGUACCAUCAUCCUGUUUAUAUAUAUAUAUAUAUAUAUAUAUAUAUAUAUAUAUAAAGAACUCCGACAGAAGUCACCCAUGCCAGUGUUAAUUUGAUUAGCGACGAAGCAAUGUAGCGACUCACCGUAUUGCAACCGCCGAAAGGCGUCAUGCAUGAGGCGUGUCCUGCAGCAGGGCUCCACCCUCUCUCGCGUUUCCCGCCUCGACACCACGCUUCUCCGUACGACGGGAGGCGGCGCUGACAUAGAAGCACCGUAUUCCCCCUCUUGACACGCUGCGCCAUCUAGCGCUGCCGCCGUGAAGUUCACGCGUUGCGCGCGUAUGACUAUAUGUUCGGACAAAAUUAUCUUACUGCAUGUGACGCGGGUUCGGUUCCGCCCAGCACCGGAGAAAGCGUAAAGAACUUUUUCUUUGUACAUGAAGAACAGCACAUACCAUGUGCCACCUGGGUGUCGAUUCGAAAAUUUUUCGUACUUGAGUUCGGCUUCCGAUUCCCAAUUCUGGGUCUGGCUCAGGUUCAGCUCUGUAGCGAAGAAUUAUAAGGGUUCGAUCCGGUUUGGAACGUUGGGAAGCCGUCCAUUCGCGCGCAAAUGCGUUCAAAGAAAAAAAAUGAAUUCGCGUUCCUCGAGAGAAUAACAAACGCGUUCGAAGAAAAAAAAUUAAAUCGCCUUCCUCGAGCUGCCACAAGAACUCGUGGUACAUUUUGAGAGAUAAGUUUUCUUCGGUUAGAACUAUCGCGAAGCGCUUUCUUUUGAGCCAUCAUUCACUUUACAAAAAAUCACAAAAGAUCAGGGGCCAUGCACUGUUACAUAUGGCAUGUCGCAUUUGUAGAUUCAGAGGGCUUCGUGGCGCCCUUUGAGGCUAUCAAAUGCGAUUUUCCAAUGCGAUUUUUGUGACUUAGAGGGGCCCUUGUAAACGAACUCUACUCAAAGAAGCCACGCUCCAUUUAUUGCGAGUUUUGAGCAGAUCACUUUAAAGGAGGACGUAAUUAUUUCUUGCGCAUUCGAGGAAUUCUGGCCCCAUAGUGUACUUGCGGGUUUGGCAGCUAUCCAACAGAGAAAAAUAAGCAAGGCAACCAAACUGUUGUUUCAGUACUGCGCUAAACGUGCUUGCGCACGUUGUCCACAUUUUGUUGUAACAUAAUGCGUAUACCUCACUUGACUGACUAUGUGUCGACGGCGUUCUUGCAGCUGACAGCUGAACUGGCAACGGUGUUCCCUAGCGUUCUGUCCUGUGUGCCUCUCGCUGACGUCCAUUCCCCUUUUCGCGCUAGUUAAGGAUGUCUCAAGUCUGAGACUAUAGGACCCUCGUCUGUAUAUACAUGUACGAACUUCAUUUUCUUAAAAAAUAAUCUUGAUUGAUUGACUGAUUGCUUGAUUGAUUGCAGCAACCUGGCUGUGCUGCCUGUUAGGUCUGUUCUCUCGCAGCGUGGUUGGUGACGUACAUAUAUUCAUAAGAUUGGGUGAACUAUGGCUAUCCUAUCACGUGUGCGACAAGCUGUAUCUAGUCACAUUUUUUUUAUAUGUGCGCUAAUCUGGUGCAAAUGUAGGCUCGUUUUUAAGAUGGUGAAGCGGCGCAGAAGAAGAAAACACUCGAUACAAAGCUGAAUAACGACUGACGUGCUUAAUACACUAGUCACAAUACAUACAGCAGGAAAAGAAAAAGAGGAACACAGACCAAUGUUAUAGUUGUCACUUCCAAGGUUUGAAGGAAAAUUAUUUGUGUAUCUGAGUGAUGUGUGAAGCUUAGUGUUCUUUUCCCCUUAGAUUUUAUUUUGCUGACUGGUUCAUAAUACUUCGAUUGACGCAGCAAACUUGCGAGUUGGCUGUCAGAGCUCUCAUUUCUUUUCGCUUACCAACCCAGCACUCUUUUGCGUAAUUGCCUACGCGCCCACUAAUUUAAAACACAAAUUUGUUGUUCGGAGCUCCUAUGUAACCCUCUAAUAUAAUAUGUAUGCCUGCUAUUUUACUUCUUUUUUGAAAUUUGGGCCUUUACCAGAACACCUGCCUUUGAGUGUUCAGCGCAAAGCAUCCAAGUCAGCCUUCACCGACCAUUCUGAAAUGAACUCGCUCGCCACUUUGUGUGUAUAGGGCGAAAGCGAAACCGCAAGAACAAAACAAAAAAAGAUGCAUCAGAAAAAGAAAAUACCAAAAGAUAAUAAACUGAACAUGACAGAUGUGCAUUUUCGUCCUCCUUGUAUCCCUUUGCGUUUACAUUUCCACGUUCAUUUUUGUGCCUUCAACGCCUUUCUACGUCAGGUAGCAAGUGGUCCAGCCAUCGACGCUUUUCCUAAGCAUUUGUAGAAGACAGUAGAGCGUGAACAAGAAGGGUGCAGAGCGGAGUAGUGUUACUGUAUAUAGGUUCCCUUUACGGAGCCUGUACUGAGUUUAGACAGUCGCCACGUGGUGCGUACUAGUGCUCAACGCGCGACCCAAACUUGUGUGCACUAUGAAAGGUGACGUCAAUGGUUUUGGCACAGUCAAUUUUUCUGUUGCUUUUGAACGAGCUUGCGAAUGUCUGUGCUCUCCGCAGAAGAGCGUCUGAGCGCUUGAUCAUAUUCGAAGGGAACAACGCACACCGGCAACGCUUUCUAUACUUGUCAUGCAUUUGAGCAAAUAAAGAUUUACUUGUUUUCUUCA